AAAUUUUCUUCAGAAUAUAAAAAAGUGUGGAUUUUUUUUACUUAAUGUUCUCUUUUUAUAAUAGAAGCUGACAAAUAGAAAGACACCAGUCUCUGAUCGCAAUAAAUUAUUUCCAAACAUGGCACCGAUGGCUGUUGUUCCAGCAGAAGACAUUAGGGUAUCUGGAGACGCCCCGGAGCCAGAUGCAGAGGAGAGUCAAUCCAACAAACCAAUCAUCGGGAUCAUAUACCCUCCUCCUGAGGUUCGUAACAUCGUGGAUAAAACUGCGAGCUUCGUGGGAAGGAAUGGGCCAGAGUUUGAAGCGAGAAUUCGGCAAAAUGAGAUCAAUAAUUCAAAGUUUAACUUCCUUAAUGCAACUGAUCCGUACCAUGCUUAUUAUCGACACAAAGUCAAAGAAUUCAUUGAAGGGAAAGGAAAAGAACCAGUUGCUCCUAAACCAGUAGUUCCAACUGUAAAGCCAUCUGUGGCAGUUGUUCAGGAACAAUUUGUCCCCAAAGAUCCCCCAACCUCGUUCGAGUUCACAUUCGACCCACCUUCUAUAUCUGCUUAUGAUUUGGACGUUGUGAGGUUAACAGCUCAGUUUGUUGCGCGUAACGGUCGUUCGUUUCUGACGCAACUAAUGCAACGGGAAGCGAAGAAUUAUCAGUUUGAUUUUCUCCGACCUCAGCAUUCUAUGUUUCAAUACUUCACCAAGCUAGUGGAGCAAUAUACAAAGGUGUUCAUCCCACCAAAGAACGUGCUUUCCAAACUCAAGAAUGAAACUCCUAAAAGUAUCUUGGAAGAUGUCAAGUACAGAGUAGCUUGGACGAAACACGAGGAUCGAGCGAAACAAAGAGAGAAGCAAGCUGUUGAAAAGGAGAGGGCGAUGUACGCGCAGAUUGAUUGGCACGACUUUGUUGUCGUGGAAACGGUGGAUUUCCAUCCAGAGGAGAGAGGUAACUUUCCACGUCCAGUAUCGGUUGAAGAGCUUGGCACACGGUUGUUACAACAGGAACGCAUAGAAAAGUACGGGGAGCAGGAACCAGAAGAAACUGGAGGAAAAGAGGAUAAAGAGGAGAGUGGGAGUGAGGAGGAGACACAGGAGGAGCAACCACAACUGGUGGAUAUGGAUAUGGAAGAAAGUUCCGAGGAAGAAACCGAACCCGAGCCGGCCCCCAUACCACGGCGACCCCCUGUUCAACCCGCACCCCCUAUUAAAGCCCCCAUGUCUCGCGAUGAUGUUAUUAUCAGGUCCAACUACAACCCGAAGAAUAAGGAAACAUUGGAUUCAAGAAAGAAAUGGGGCAGCAACUUCAUGGUGUCACCCAUCACUGGUGAAAGGGUUCCCGCUGAUAAGUUCCAGGAGCAUAUGAGGUACGGACUUCUAGAUCCUAACUGGAAGGAAUUGAAGAAGAAGCAGAUUGCUGAGAAGCAGCAAGAAGAAGAAGUGUUUGCUCCAGGAGGAGACAUUGAGGCUUCGUUGAGAGGACUCGCUGAGAGGAGAACGGAUAUCUUUGGAGUGGAAGAGACCGGGAUUGGACAGAAAGUUGGUGAGGAAGAAAUUGCUGCUGAUGAUAAGGUGACAUGGGAUGGUCAUUCCGGUUCGAUGGAGAAGACGCAACGACAAGCUCAAUCAGGAGUAACAAGUGAAGAGGUCCAACACCAUGUAAAGAUGACGCAUGGAUUGCUGGAAGAUUCAACCUUGGAGAAGAUUGGGCCAAAGGGCGGCGAUGGUAAAUCUUCUGUUUCUACUGAACCAACACCAACACCAGUUCAAACACCCAAUGUACAAAUACAGGUCAACCGACAACCACAGCAGGUUCUCACACAAGUAGUCAUGCGGCCGACUGUCAUCCCCGUGCAACGACCUAACCCACCUGUGCUGGUGGUCCAACAACCUAUGCGUGUCGUACGCCAACCUCAACCACAACUAAUUGCCGUACAACGCCCGCAAAUGAUGAUGUCACACACCAUGGGGCAACCACAGUUGAUACAACAGAUUCAACCAAUGCAACAAAUGCAGCAAAUCCACCCACUUCAGUCACAGAUGAUGGACGGUCCACCUCAAGCGAAGAAAGCUCGCACAGAAGCCGAUCUCAUGCCAGCACAAACCUUCUUACAGAUGAGCAAUGGUCCUGUAACAUUCCAUGUGAAUUGUCCAAACGCACCAGAUAAGAACGAAUGGAAUUUGGUCGGACAAACUCUUACUUUUACACUCCCACUUACUGAUGAGGUAUCGGUUAUCAAAGCAAAGAUUCACGAAUCAACAGGAAUGCCCGCUGGCAAACAAAAGUUGCAACUGGAUGGUCUGUUCAUAAAAGAUUCAAAUUCUUUGGCGUUUUACAACAUGACAUCGGGUUCUACUGUUGGACUGCAAGUAAAGGAGAGAGGCGGAAGGAAAAAAUAAAGGAGAGAGGCAGAAGAAAAAAUAAAAGGAAAGGGGAGAGGGGGAAGGAAAAAAUAAAACUUUGUGAAAUGUAGAAACUGCCAACAUGUAAAAUUUGAAUGUAAAUAAAAGAAACGUUUGAAACA